AUUAUUAAAAAUAAAUAAACAAAAUGAAGACAAAAAUUUUGAAAAACUCUCCGAACUUCAAUCCUUGCGCUCAGAACAUCGAGAUUGCAGAUGAAGAUAUCGUAAUCUCAGGUCUCGCUGGAAGAUUUCCUGAGUCCGAUGACUUGAAACAUUUUAAAGAAAAUUUGUUUGAUAAAAAAGAUCUGAUAACUGAAGAUGACCGUCGCUGGAAUCUGGAUCACCCUGAGCUUCCAAGGGGUUUUGGAAAAAUAAAUAACCUGGAAAAAUUUGACGCAGACUUCUUCGGUAUUCACUUCAAGGAAGCUCAUACGAUGGAUCCAAUGGGAAGAAUGCUUUUGGAGCAUUCGUACGAAGCUAUUAUCGAUGCAGGAAUUAACCCGAAACAUUUAAAAGGCACCAAUACUGGAGUGUUCUUCAGCGCUUGCUACUCAGAGUCUGAAGUCGCCUGGAUUUAUGAAGAUCAAGAUGUAAAUGGACUGGGAAUACUUGGAUGCAGCAAAGCAAUGCUAGCAAAUCGAGUUUCACGCUGGCUGGGAGUCACUGGACCAAGUUAUAAUGUCGACACUGCCUGUAGCUCGAGUCUUUAUGCGAUGGAACAUGCUUAUCGAGCUAUUCGAGACGGAAAAUGUGAAGCUGCUCUUGUAGGCGGAGCUAAUUUGCUUCUUAAUCCUUAUUUAUCUUUGUUAUUUGCACGGCUUGGUGUAUUGUCCACUGACGGUCGAUGCAAGCCAUUUACUAAUGAAGCAAACGGUUACGCACGAAGUGAAACCGUCAGUGUAGCAUUCUUACAGAAAGCAAAAAAUGCGAAGCGCAUUUAUGCUACAAUAGUCCAUGGGAAAACAAACUGCGAUGGGUUCAAAGAGCAAGGGAUAACUUUUCCGUCAAGCAUGAUGCAAGGUACGCUUCUUAAAGAAUUUUAUGAUGAAUGCGAGAUCGCACCGAGUGUUUUAAAUUACCUCGAAGCCCAUGGAACUGGUACAGCAGUCGGUGAUCCGGAAGAACUUAAUGCUAUCGAUAGAGUGUUUUGUAAAGAUCGGAAAGUUCCGUUGAGAGUCGGAUCCAUAAAAUCCAACUUAGGACAUGCUGAGCCAGCGAGUGGAAUGUGUUCUAUAGCUAAAGUUCUGAUUGCUAAUGAAACAGGAAUAAUAGCGCCGAACCUUCAUUAUACCGGACCAUGCAAAGGAGUGAAAUGUCUUGAAGAAGGUAGGCUUCAGGUUAUUACAGAGCCGACACCGUGGGAAGGUGGAUACGCAGGUGUCAAUUCUUUUGGUUUUGGGGGAGCCAAUGCUCACAUUUUAUUAAAAUCAAAUCCUAUUGAGAAAGUCAACGGAGGAGCUCCAAAUGACGAUUUGCCGAGGCUGGUUGUCGUUUCUGGUCGAACUCAAGAAGCUGUUGAAGUUCUGCUUAACGAUGUUGAAACCAGACCACUUGACGCUGAAUAUGUGAGGCUUCUUCAUAACAUCCAUGCAGAUAGUAUUUCCGAGCAUUUAUACAGAGGUUACACUAUAGUGCGUCGUCGUUCAACUACGGAGAACCGUACCAGAGAUAUUAAGCAACAUCGAGGUCUCAAAAGACCGAUCUGGUAUAUCUUAUCCGGUAUAGGGUCUCAGUGGCCAUCUAUGGGUACUGCCUUUUUACGUUUUCCGAUUUUUGCACAAGCUAUUAAAAAAUGUGACGCCGUAUUGAAACCUCGCGGAGUUGAUAUCUAUGAUAUUUUAACAAAUCCAAAUGAAUCAACGUUUGAUAAUGAUGUUAACUCUUAUGUCGGGAUCGCUGCAGUCCAAAUAGGUCUAGUUGAUCUUCUCACUUCUCUUGGAAUCGUUCCUAAACGUAUAAUAGGACACUCUGUUGGAGAACUCGCUUGCGCUUAUGCCAAUGGUUUCUAUACGAUUGAACAGACGAUUUUAACAGCUUACUCUUAUGAUCUUUCUGCGAAAAACAAUCAUCUACUGGAUGAGGCACUAAUCAGAGAAGCAAUAGUUCGUAUUCCGAAGAAUGCUGUGAUGAUAGAAAUUGCACCUCAACCUCUCUUCCAAGAUGUCCUUCAGAAAAAGGCUAAGCCUGAAGUAAUUAAUAUCGCUUUGACUAACCGCAAGAGCAAGGAUAAUGUUGAAGUAUUUCUUCAAGCAAUCGGAAAACUUUACAACCUUGGUUUUCAACCGCAGGUACAUAAACUUUAUCCAGAAAUAAAAUUUCCAGUGUCACGUAGCACGCCAAUGAUCUCUCCAUUAUUAAAAUGGGACCACUCUAAAGAUUGGUACGUCAUGUUAUACAAAUUACAGACAAAAUUAAAAUCUGGGGAACGGUUAAUACAGAUAAAUAAAAUUCAUGAGGACUAUGAGUUUAUGACAGCCCAUGUGAUUGACGGACGAAAUCUUGUUCCAGCGACUGGAUAUCUUGCGCUAGUUUGGGAUACGAUCGGACGGAUGUUUGGAAAGUUGUACACAGACGUUUCGGUGGUUUUUGACGAUAUUAAAUUCUUACGAGCUACAACUAUUCCCAAAGAAGGACACGUUGAGCUUACAUUGAUGAUUCAACAGGGAACGGGUAGGUUCGAGGUCGCCGAAGGAGAUGUUGCUGUCGUUACUGGAUUUAUUCAUAUUGUUACUGAGCCAUCAAUGAUCAUGAUGAACCCAACGCUUCCGGAGGAUGAAGAGGAAGAAGAAAUGACCGAGAAAGAUAUUUACAAAGAACUUAGAUUGAGAGGAUAUCAGUACAGUGGCUGUUUCCGAGGAAUUAAAAGUGCUUCGACUAACGGUACUCGGGGCAAAAUAGCCUGGUGCAAUAAUUGGGUCGCUUUUAUGGACAACAUGAUGCAGAUGCAAAUACUUGAAAUGGACUCACGAGGAUUAUUUGUUCCGACGGGAAUUCAAAAACUCGUCAUCAAUACUAAGGCACAUUUCAAUCAAUUUCGAACUCUGCCUGGAGAUGUUAAAGAGUUUCCAGUUUAUCGAUACAAAUCAUUAGAUUUGAUCGUAUCAGGAGGCGUGGAGAUCCGUGGACUGAGAGCCAGCGUAAUAUCAAGAAGAAAACCUGCUGGUGCACCUGUUCUCGAGUCGUACCAAUUUAUUGCUCAUCGAGAUUGCGCUGAGAUUUCUCUAAAUGAAGCUACACGCCUAGCAGCUCAUCUCGUUUUGGAAAACCACCACGGAAUAAAAGUCAAAACUUUAGAGAGCUUAGAUGCGGAUGAAAAAUAUCCGGUUGAAGAUUUAUUCACUCCAAUCCUCCAAGAAGCGCUCGGUGAUAUUCCUCUCAUUCAACCGGAGUUGAAUAUUCUCACAGAAAAUUCAUUCGAAGAAGGCACACUGCCUGCCAAUAUAAAUAUCACUGAAGUUAAAAAAUUGACUCCAGAAACCAAUGCAACGAUAUUAUCGGGCCGUCGACUUUUGAAAAAAAAAAAUAAGUCGUUGCCGCAACUACUAACUGCUGUCAAAAACGAAGGAUUCGUAUUGACUAUAGAGUCUAGAGAAAAUACUACUGAUCUUUUUGAAGUAGCGAAGAAACAUAAUCUUGAUAUGAUUUUCGAAAAAGUCGUUGAUGACUCACUUUGCUUACUUUUAAGAAAACAAUCAAAAUCAUCUCACAAAAUGGUAAUUAUCAAUGUGAAGAAUGAUUCAUUUGAAUGGUUGAAUGGAUUGAAGUCUGCAUUCAAGGGUGAAAAAGAACAAAACAACAAUCGCAUUGUUUUAGUCAGCGAAAAGAGUUUUGAGAGUGGAUUGCUUGGAUUAGUAAACUGUCUACGUCAGGAACCAGGUGGCGAAAUGAUCCGAGGAGUUUUGAUUCAAGAUGAACAAGCCCCGGAUUUUUCUCCGUCUUUACCGCUUUACGCUGAUCAAUUAAAGUUGAAUCUUACCAUGAAUGUUCUAAGACCAAAUAAUACCUGGGGAUCUUAUCGGCACCUUAAAUUAUCAGCAGUGACUCCUCAGCCUGUGUAUCACGCUUGGGCAAACCAACUUGUAAGAGGAGACAUGAGUUCGCUCGCGUGGCUUGAAGGUCCAAUAAGACCUAAUUUCAUUCAUCCUGACCUCAUCGAUGUGGUUUAUUCAGCUAUAAACUUCCGUGAUGUGAUGUUUACCAGUGGUAAACUUGCCGCUGAAUUAAUUGCUACUAAUCGAUGGCUCGAGGAGUGUUGUAUUGGUUUUGAGUACAGCGGUGUGGAUCGUUAUGGGAAACGAAUUAUGGGAUUAACGCCAGCUCGAGCGAUUACCAACAAAGCAGUUAUUGAUCGGGAUCUUUCAUGGUAUGUUCCAGAAGGUUGGAGCCUCGAAGACAGCGCGACAGUCCCUUGUGUAUAUGCAACAGCAUACUACGCAAUGUUUUCCAAAGGCAAAAUUAAGAAAAACGAUAAAGUUCUGAUUCAUUCUGGAACUGGAGGUGUUGGACAAGCGGCUAUCAUUCUCGCACUUCACGUAGGAUGUGAAGUAUUUACCACGGUUGGUACUCCUGAAAAACGUCAAUUUAUGCGAGAUAACUUCCCACAGAUUCCGGAAGAUCAUAUUGGAAAUUCACGUGACACUAGUUUUGAAACAAUGAUCUUGGAAAGAACAAAUGGACGCGGCGUCGAUAUUGUAUUAAAUUCGCUGACUGAGGAUAAGCUUCAAGCAUCGAUACGGUGUCUAGCAGAAGGCGGAAGGUUCUUAGAAAUCGGAAAGUUCGAUAUGGCUAAUGAUACUCAUAUUGGAAUGGCUGCAUUCCGCAAGGGAAUCAGUUUUUAUGGUGUUUUACUUGAUAAUUUUUUCAAAGCAACUAGUGAUGUGAAGAAAAUUUUGAAUGGACUUUUACAGAAAGGUUUGGAUGAAGGUUUUAUAAAGCCUCUCCCAAGAACUGUUUUCUCCUCAGAUAAGUUGGAAGCUGCAUUUCGAUACAUGGGUGCUGGUAAACAUAUAGGCAAAGUAUUAAUCAAAGUACUGGACGAAAAAAAUUUAUUGAAUACCAUUGUGCCAGCUUUGCCUCGUUAUUAUUGCCCAGAGAAUCGUAGUUACAUUAUUUUUGGAGGUCUGGGCGGAUUUGGACUGGAGUUGGCUGACUGGCUGGUACUUCGUGGUGCUCGUAAUCUCGUUCUUACUUCACGUUCUGGUCUGAAAAAUGGUUAUCAACGCAUGCGAGUACGUUUAUGGAAAUCGUAUGGAGUUAAAGUAGAAAUAGUAGCUGGAAAAAAUUCCGCGAAUCAUCAAGAGUGUGAAGACAUAUUGAAACUGGCUGAAAAUCUAGCUCCAGUUGAUGGAAUCUUUAAUCUCGCAGUCGUUUUGAAAGACAGUUUGAUUGAGAACCAAACGCGUGAUACUUUCAAGGAGUCUUUUACAGCCAAAGCUUGGACAACUAAAGUCUUGGAUAAAGUUUCAAGAAUUGUCUGCCCAAAACUUCGACACUUUGUUGUCUUCUCAUCAGUCUCUUGCGGGCGUGGUAAUGCUGGGCAAUCGAACUACGGAAUGUCAAACUCUGUAAUGGAGAGAAUCUGCGAGAAGCGAGUCGCUGAAGGCCUUCCAGCUCUGGCGGUCCAGUGGGGAGCUGUUGGAGACGUUGGACUAGUUGCUGAUAUGCAAGAAGACAAUAAAGAACUGGUGAUCGGUGGUACCUUGCAGCAAAGAAUAACCUCAUGUUUGCAAGAACUGAAUUACUUCCUCAUGCAAAGCCAUCCCAUAGUUUCCAGUAUGGUUGUCGCCGAGAAACGCGCUGGUAAUAACGGUCCUCUAAAUGUAGUUGAAACCGUGCUCAAUAUUAUGGAUCUCAAGAACCUGAAAAGUAUCAGCCACCACACAUCUCUUGCAGAACUUGGAAUGGAUUCAAUGAUGGCCGUCGAAAUAAAACAAUCGUUAGAACGCGAGUUCGACAUAUUCUUAACAGCUCAAGAUAUUCGAAGCCUUAAUUUUGCUAAGUUAAUAGAGAUGAGCUCGAAAGAUCACGGAAAGACGCCAACAAAUGAGUCCCUCGACAGUACAGAAGUUCUAACAGGUUUAAAAUUAUAUGUUCGAUUAAUGGGAGCGAAAGAAGAGCACUCCGGCGUAGCCGUCAAGCUUGAAACUCAAGAAGAAACCGGAAGAACCCGAAUAUUCUUCAUUCCCGGUAUCGAAGGCCAAGCGGGAGUUUUUUCAAAUCUUGCCAGUAAAAUUAAAUCACCAGCAACCUGUUUACAGUUGGACAACUCCAAUCCCGACUAUGUUUCAUUUUAUGAUAUCGCAAAUCAAUUACUACCACAUGUUCUGAAGAACAACGAAAAUCACAAGCACUUUGUAAUAAUUGGAUAUUCAAUUGGAUCUCUCAUUGCUAUUGAAUUGGUGAGAAAACUAGAAGCUGAAGGCUUAACCGGUAAAUUAAUACUCAUUGACGGAUCUCCUGACUUCACGAAAACCUUCAAAGAUCAAAUGUUUCCGUCUUCUAGCGAAGAAGAAUUGCAGUAUAAUAUUCUUGUAGGUAUUGCAGAGAUGAUAGUCCCUACUCUCAGUGAAGAGCUUGCGACGGUCUUGCCUAAGUACAACUCUUGGAAAUUAAAAUUAGAUACAGUCAUGAAACAAUUACCACCUGGUGUAAUGACAGUGCCUCAAGAAGAAGUACGCUGCAUUCUCACUGCAGUUUACAACCGGUUCAUUGCUUUGCAAAAUUACGACAGCUCAAAAUUACCAGCUUUGCGAUCGUCAAUCGUAUUGUUAAAGCCUUCAAUACCAUCGAUAAAAUUCACCGAAGAGGAUUAUGGUCUCAGUAAAAUAACUUGUCAAAAAGUACAAGUACACGUUGUUGAAGGCAAUCACUUGACAAUGUUAAACGAUAAUAAAAUCGCCACGAUACUCAAUGAUGAAACUACUGAAAUUUUAAAACCAGUUAAAGAAAAUAUUACUUCUAAAGUUAAUUUAAGAAACUGUAGUGCUUAAAUU